CAACGUGUUAUCAAAAGCUUUAUCCACAGCUACCUGUUAGUAGUUGCAAAGAUUAGCCACAACUAACUGAGCAUUUUGAACCCGAUUCGAAACAUUCUCGUGAGCCGUUUCGGUCGAAAAUUUCAGCUCAUCAUGAACCUGCUGGUGAUAUUUUUGCUGGGGAUCACAGCGGUGCAGGGCGCGAAUAUUCUUAUAACAUACGAAACAGCCAGACGAAGCCAUCAAAUCUGGAUCACUCAACUAGCGGAAGCGCUGGUGGCCAAAGGCCACAACAUCACUCUAGGAGGCUCAUUCUCCAGAGCCAUUCCAGCCAGCGAUGAGUAUCACCCGAUUACAUUCGAAGGCAUAUUUAUGGCGCAUUACAAAGUGAACAAAACCGCCCACUUGUUCGCAAACCCUUGGAGGAUAAUUCACCUGAACCACAACUACAAUUAUGCGAUUUGCAACAAAACCUAUCACUCGAAGGGCUUCAACAGCCUGUGGAACUACCCGGAUAACUUUACCUUUGAUUUGAUCCUAAUGGAUAUGACGUUUGGACCGUGCCUUUAUCCAUUAAUCGAACGUUUCGGCCGGCCCUACACUAUUGGGUUUACACCAUCAGCCUUGACGCCCUAUUUGUCCGAGCUGUUUGGCAAUGGCGGAUAUCCGUCGUAUUUUGCCUCGCCAAUUUUAGAGCCGUUCCGAGACCAGACGUUCUUGGACCGAUUGAAAAACUACCUUUUCACGAAAUUUGAAAUAUUCUUCAAGAAGACAUUCGAACAGGGGGCCAUUGAAAAACUUGCGGAAAGCUUGCUGAACAGAACCUUCGAGUUCGGCGAGCUGCAAAAGGGAAUUUCGCUGCUUUUCGUUAAUGAGUACCCAUUGCUCAAUGCGCCCAAAGCGCUGACGCCCAACAUUAUCCCAUUGGGAGGGUUGCACAUAAGAAAAUUGCAGCCCAUGCCUGGCAUUCUUCAGUCGAUCAUCGACAAUGCCAAUCAAGGGUUCAUUUUCUUCAGCGCAGGCACGGACAUUCAACAGAACAUCUUCAGUCCGGAAACGAAGCUACUGUUUGCCAACGCUUUCAUGAAUCUCAGCCAGAAAACGAUCAUGUGGAAGGACAAUAUCGACGACGAAGACCAUCCUUUCAAUGACCGGCCCUCAAACAUUCUGAUUCAUAAAUGGGUGCCCCAAAAUGAGAUUCUAGGUCACCCUCAUACCAAACUUUUCAUCACCACCGGCGGAUCGUUGAGUAUCCAAGAAGCGAUUUAUCACGGAGUUCCAGUCUUAGGUAUUCCCAUUUACGAUGAGCAUCAUCGCAACAUCCAAUUCAUUGUUGAUCGGCAUUUGGGCCUCAAGUUGGACUACAACGAUUUAACUGAAGAGACCAUCUCGGCCUCGAUUAACGCCAUUUUACAAAAUCCUAUAUAUUUGGAAAACAUGGACCAACUAGCGAAAAAAUUCCGAGACCAACCUCAAAGUCCCGUACAAAAGGCGAUAUACUGGAUUGAGUAUGUGCUGCGACACAAUGCAACCGAUGGAGCCGAUUUUUUGACUCCCAAAUCGAGAUUUUCGUCAUUUUAUGGCACCUACUCAACUGAUGUUGAGCUUUUUCUGCUAUCUGCCGCAAUUCUGACUACGAUUUUAACGGCUUCCUUGGGAAUUUUUACGCUUUUGACAAUACUGUCCAAUAGGAGCAAGAGUACAAUGAGAGGCAACAAAAAGACAAAUUAAUUCAAACAAUUUUGUUUGUUAAACAAAAGAGUUUCGGGAUUUUAGGCCGAUCUAUUCAACGACGGUCCACUAUCCUGCAAAACUCGCCAGUUUCAUGCAGUUUAUAAAAUCAGUUAUUUUUAAUAGAUUUUUACCAGUUACCUGCAAGAUUCAAUUAAUGUACUCAGUUGAAAUGUCAAUGCAAUAAAAUCAUAAGUAGGUAA